CCAGCCAGCCAGCCAGGCAGCAGCCGGAGCUCGUAGCAUUCUCCCAGUGCACAGCUCAGUGCUGCCAGGCACUGCCCCCGGGAGGGAGCCCUCUCCGGCCACUCUCUGCCUAUGCUGCCUACCCACCUCCUGCAGGACACGGCAUUGCAUUGACUCUCCACUAUUAUGGAUCUAUUCGACUUUUUCCGAGAAUGGGACCUAGAUCAGCAGCAGUGUCAUUAUGAACAAGACCGAAAUGCACUCAAAAGAAAAGAAUGGGAGCGAAGAAGUCAGGAGGUCCAGCAAGAUGAAGAUCUAUUUGCCUCUGGGUUUAAUCUUUUCGGGGAGCCCUACAAGGUAAGCCUGAAUGACAAGACGAAUAAAGGAGAUGCUCUUGCAAACCGUGUCCAGAACACACUUGGAAACUACGAUGAAAUGAAAGACUUACUAACUAAUCACUCCAACCAGAGUCAUCUUGUAGGAAUUCCAAAGAAUUCUGUCCCACAAACACCAGUUGAGAAAAAUGAACAGAACUUUUUCCCUGAGCAGAGGAAUAGAGUGGCCCAGUGCCAUCAAAGCAGUAGCCACUCAUCCACCACAAUGCCACCACCUUCAGCCGUGGGACCAAUUUCCACUUUAGCACAUGAGGGAACUAGAAAAUCAAGAACCGAUUGGCCACAUAGUGGGCAUAACUCAACUUGUACACAGUCAAGUCAAGCCAGCGGACAACCAGGCAGGACAAAACACAGUUCAUCUCAUGAUUUAUCACAAAUUAGAUAUGAAGACCUUUACAACUGCCAAAUUGACCAACAUAAAAGUGUUAGCAUUGAUGAACCAGUGCCCACAACAUCCUCUUCUCACGCAAGAAGACACAAUCACUCAAAAUCAUUAAGUGGAGAACACGCUUACAAAGAAAUUACCCAUUCAAAGUCACCUAUUGAUUUAGAAUUUUUGGGACAUGGCUCUAUCUCCCCACUCCCGUCUACAUCCCUUCUACUGGCGGCCAGUGGUCUGUCUACUCAAAACUUUCUCCCCGGACUUCACAGUAAAACAAGCAUGAUGCCACAAAAGCCAACUGCAUAUGUGAGACCAAUGGAUGGUCAGGACCAAGUACCUAAUGACUCACCUGAAUUGAAACCACCAACAGAAAUUGAAGAUGGAUAUAACAACCAGCCUUUUGGAGCAAUACUGGAUGGAAAGGUGAAUGUACCAGUCAGCAAGAGCAAACUGCCAAAGCUUAGCAUUCCGCAAACAAAUGAAGUUGGUCUUCCAAAUGAUCCCAGUUGCAUUGAAGAAAUCUUACGGGAAAUGACCCAUUCUUGGCCCCCUCCUCUGACUGCAAUCCACACCCCAUGUAAAGCUGAGCAGUCAAAGUGUUCAAUACCCAGCAAGGACUCUCAACAUCUGACCUCAGGAUACAGCAUACAAAAACGAUGCGAUGUUACAAGCAAACCAGCAGUGAAAUCCAUCCCACAAAAGUCCAUGCUUGAAGAUGAUCUAAAAUUGAGCAGUGACGAGGAAGACAACGAACAGGCAAGUGAAAAAGCAAAGCUGAGGAGUAUUCCUGCAAACUGCCUCCCUCUGCCGACAGCUCACAGUACCAACCUGGUCAAUUCCAGCGGAGGUUCUGGGAGUUCCAGUGAGUCCGAGACCAGCUCAGAAUCAGAUUCUGACAGCGAGAGCAGCUCUAGUGACAGUGAAGGUAAUGAAGAAAACCGGAAUGCAACCCCAGAGCCAGAACCACCUUCCACAAACAAAUGGCAGUUGGAUAAGUGGUUAAAUAAAGUCAAUCCACACAAUAAAACAAUAAUUAACAACCAAAACGAGGUACAUUCAGAAAAUAAUUCUGAAACGCAAAAUAACCAACAGAUUGAAGGGGAAAAUAAACGAGAACUCAACAGUGUUAUCCCACAGCCUGAGUCCCUAUCCAAAGAUAGGGAGCUGCUGAGCCCAAUAAAGGAAAAAAAUAAACCUAGAGUUCCCCAAAAACCGCCAGAGGCAAAACCUUUGAAACAAAAGUCACCAGCUCAUAAUGAACCUACUCCACAAAGAGCUGUUGCUAAGAAACAACCAAAAAAAGUCGAAAUAACUUCCAGUGCCGAGGACUACAUAUGGAACAAACCAAACCCCACCAGCAGCACACCCAAAGAGAAAGACGUACGAGAAAGCCAAGAACCACCAAAAGUAAGGGCAAAAGCUACUGUUGCUAAAACUGCACCACGAAAGGAACAAAGGACUUGCACAGGAAGCACGUCAGAGAAAAAGAAAGCUAGAGGUGCAAGCAAAAUUGUUCCGAAAUCUAGGGAAUUUAUUGAAACUGAUUCAGCAUCAGAUUCUAACACUGAUCAAGAAGAAGUUCUGCAGGUUAAAAUAUCAACAGCUUGUACCGGGUCCACAAAUCCGAUCAAGUCAAAGGACUGUAGCAGCAACAUCCUAAGUGUUAGCAGCUUAACCAGUAAUAGCAGUAGUAUAUCACUAGACCAGGUCCAUCUUGAUCUUGAAGAGCCGUUCUCUCCUCUUCCCAUUGUACAAAGUGAACUUCUUUCUCCGCUUAGAGAAUUUGAAGACCUUAAAUCUUUAUGGGUGAAAAUAGAUCUUACUUUAUUAUCCAGAAUACCUGGUCAAGAGACAUUUGAGAGUGAGGUUUUAAAGAAUGAAGCAAGAGAUGCAGGUUUUAAACACAAACCUCAAAUACCAGCCACAUGUACUGAGAAAAAUUCUGCAAAAUCCAGAAGGAAGCACAAGCAGUUUGAAAGCAGUGACAUGCCAAGUGACAGCAAAAAACAGCGUCUGGAUGAUAUCCUUGUCCCAUGUCUACUCCUCCCUCCAUGCAUAUCCCCUAUCCCUAAUAUUAGGGCCACCAGCACUAAAGAAGCAAAAAAGACAACGAAGAAAAGAGAAGAAAAAGUCUUUCCUCCUUUGUUGUCGCCUUUGGGGGAUGAGCCAAUCCGUAGGCGACACUCCAGUGAUAACAGCUCCUUCAGUCAGGACGGCAGCACUAAGACUGUGCAUGUUUCCGUAACUUCCACAAGACACAAAAAGAACAGCAGCACAAUAACAAACACUAAAGAAGAAGACAACAGCAUGCCACCAAGUAGUGGUCUGGAGAUCAUUCAGCAUCAUGUAGAGCCUGAUUUAUGGUCCUCGUUACCUGCAAUAACAAAUGGGAACAAUGAUUCUCGAAGAUCAAAAAUAACAUUUGACGAAAUGUUACAUAAUGCUGAUUAUUACAUGCAGGAAGCUAAAAGGUUGAAGCACAAAGCAGACGCUUUGCUAGAAAAGUUUGGCAAAGCUGUGAAUUAUGCUAACGCUGCCCUGUCUUUCAUCGAAUGUGGGAAUGCUAUGGAGCGAGAUCCAUUAGAAGCGAAAUCUCCAUACACCAUGUACUCCGAGACUGUGGAACUCAUCAGGUAUGCAAUGAGACUGAAGAAUUUCACAAGUUCGACUGCCAGUGAAGGGGAAAAAAAGCUGGCCGUUUUAUGCUACCGAUGCCUAUCUCUGCUCUACUUGAGAAUGUUUAAAUUAAAGAAGGACCAUGCUAUGAAAUACUCCAGAUCGCUCAUGGAAUAUUUUAAGAACUCAUCGAAGUCUUCACAGGCGCCCUCGCCAUGGGAAGGCAAUGGCAAGAAUACAGAAACCCCUUCUCCAAUGUCACUGAGUCCAUCGCCAGCAAGUUCUGUGGGAAAUAGCAGUUCAGUACCAGGCUCCUCUUCCACAGGCACAGUGUCUAUCCCCCAGCGCAUACACCACAUGGCUGCCAGUCAUGUUAAUAUCACCAACAACGUCUUGCGCAGUUAUGAACACUGGGACAUGGCUGACAAACUUACAAGAGAAAAUAAAGAGUUUUUUCAAGACCUUGACACAGUGAUGGAGCCAUUAACCCAACACAGUACUAUGACCGAUCUGGUUCGCUACGUUCGGCAAGGACUCCACUGGCUACGCGUUGAAUCUCAAUUAUUGUAGUGUCUGCUUUACGUCAUUGUACAUUUCCCUGCAUUCUACCUCUACCAGCAAAAAGACAGUGGCUGGUGGAUGUCCACUCAUUACCUUGACUUUAACUUUUUGUAUCCUGUCUGUUGGAAGUGGAUUUUACCAGUAGUGGAAAUUCAGAUCAUACCAUAGCAUUAACCAAUUAAGUCAUUCAUUUCCAAAUCUUUAAUAUGCCUUUUGUCUCUUGGAUCCAUUCCUACGUUGUUGAUGAAACGGUACAUUUUUACAAAUAUUGUUUUUAGUCUUCACUGCCUUUACUUAAGUACAUGAUGCACUUUGUGAAGAUUUGGAACAAAAGUCUUAAGUACACAUGUGUUUUAUGAAAACACUUUGAUUGGAAACAUUAUAAGUAUUAUUUUCUAGGGGGGUUGUUGUUUUGGUUGGUAUGAAUUAAAUGCAUAUUGUUUAAUUAUGGUACAUCUAUAAAAUCUAGAAAAUAAUAUAUAUUGAAUACUGAGGGUAAACUAAAGAUGAAUCAGUGUUAAAUAGUGCCAUUACAUUUCUAGAAAUGUGAUCAUUUUUAAGCAAUUAUAAUCCAGAAAAUCCCACUGAACUAAAAUUGAGUGCAGAAAGUAUAUAUUGUCACAGGAUAUCAAAUCUGUUUUUCAGGUUCCCAUUCAUUCUAGUUUUACAGUAUGUUUUAAAGAGCCCUUCUCAAUAGUUCUGACAAUAGUAAAGCAAAAAAAAAAAAUGUCUGUAAGAAGAAUAAAUUAUCUGAUAAAUAUAGGAUUUACCUGUAAGUAAUAAUACUGUAAUAUAUAAAACCUUUGCAAAUUUUUGUUGCACAAGAAAAUGACAGAUGAAAUUUACUGGGGCAUAGAAAUGGCUUAUGCAAGCCAUACAUCAUGGUACUGUUCCCCCAUCUGUCGAUCAGAACCACUGAUUGGUGGCCAUCGACAGUCAGUGAUCUGUCGAAGAAUCUUGGAAAUUCUGCAUGUUAAAAAUCCCUGAUUUGCCAUUCCUGACCAUUUUUGGUUGGGUUUGUCAAACAGGGUAAUGCAACAUGUUUGAUUUUCCCGAUUCUUCAAUCCAGGCAUCUAGGGAUUUGGAGCAAUCAGUUGCUAAUGUAUGGGCCACUUUAAUUGAAAAUACAAGUGCAAAUCUAUUUGCAUAAAUAAAAUUACAAUGCAUACAAAUAUCUAUGGAAAAGCUACUUUCUUAGCUUUAAAGAGUAGACUUGAAUAGCUCUGUUACAUUUCAGCAAACAUUUUUUGUAUAUUAAUUAUUAUCUAAUAUAUCAUUUUGCCAAAGUGUCUCUAGAGAUGUAGAAUUCUGAUAUGUUGAUAAUUUAAUAUUAAUUUAUUAAACAUGUAAUUUCUGCAUAUGUCAAUAGUUUGCUACUGAUUAAAGGAACAAAAAGGUAGAUCUGACUGUGUUAAGGUCAGUGACGCUUUUAAUAUUACAUCUUGAGUUCCUAGUAACUUAUUUAGGUACUUUUUAUAAUGGCUACCUCUCUAGAAGAUAAAAACAAAGUGAGUGGAUUAAAUUAGUACAAUAAUUAUGUAUUCAUGAAUUACCUCAAACUUCAGUUUGAAAACCAAAUGUGCUUGAUCCCACACUUCUUUCUGUUGAUGGGUUGAAUACCUUUUUAAAAUCAUUAGCAAAUGUUAUUGAAAAACAAAACACAUACCCAAAAAAAUGUUUAAAGGAUGUGUGCUUGUUAUUUAUUCAUUUUUGCAUAUGUAUGCUAUCACAAUAUAUAUAAUUCUGUUUGAAUAUUCGGAUUGUGAAGCCAUACCUGUUUAGUCCAAUUAACAGAGUUUUCUUUAGUGUCCAUAUAAGUGUUGAUUGUAUCAAGUAAUGUUCAACUUCCAUUACUGUAGCAAUGAUGAUACAAAAAAAAGUCAGCAAGGCUUACUAGACAUUUCUCUCUUCCGUUGGGGCCUAAAAAUCCAUGAGGGACCUGCACUAAACUCUGAUUUCAGUAAGGCAAGCUUUAUACUAGUGCCUCUAGGCAAGGUAUGAGCAAAUCUGGCAUUAAACUGGUGCCUCUAUGCAAUGCAUGAGCAAAGCUAUGAUUGUAUUGGUGCCUCUAGGCAAGGUAUUAACAAGGCUGGUAUUAUACUGGUGUCUCUAGGCAAUGUAUGAGCAAGGCUGGUAUUAUACUGGUACCUGUAGAGAAGGCGUGAUCAAGGCUGGGACUAUAGUGGUGCCUCUAGACAAGGUAUAAACAAGACAGUCAUUUAAUGGUGCAUCUAGGCAAGGUACAAUCAAGAUGGCAUUAUACUGGUGCCUCACGCUAAGGUAUGAGUAAGGCUAUAUUUACACUAAUGUUUCUUGGCAUGGCAUACACAGGGCUGUAUGUAUACUGGUUUCUGUUGGCAAGACAUUAGCUGGUCUGGAUUUAUACUAGUGUUUUAGACAUAAUAUCAGCAAGAGCAGAUUUUUAUUAGUGUUUUAAGGCUAUCAGCAGGAACUGAUAAACAUUAAGCAAGACACCUAUGAACCCUGCUCACCUCUGAGCAGGUCCACAGGUGAAUAGAAAAUGGUGGGCAGAGUUAUAAGUAAAAUGAUGAAGUCAUGUAAUUAAAGAUCCUUAAUUUCACAAUAAUCAGUAUUAUGCAUUACACCUUCUGUCUAUAUAGCUAUUUAUAUUCUUUAUACUUGGAGCCCAAAAUUCCUACUUUCAGCCAUCUAAUGGUAGUGCUUAGAAUGCCUGUUGAACUACGUUCUGUGUUAAUGUGAGAAUUUUUAUAUGUACGGUAUGAUUUUUAGAAGGCCCAAAAUCUUUUUUUUUUUUGCCUAUGUAACUUGUCUAAAUUUAUUAGAUUCAGUUGUCCAUCCAGUGAUAGCAAUUGCAACUGAUAUUUCCUCUCAAAGCGAGCCAUCAUCUCAAUAAUUUAAUGUUUUAACAAGUGUUGGUGUAUGGGAUAAAAUACAUCGAAAACCCUGCUGGGGUUGUAAAUAACCAAUUACCAGCAUGAGCAUUUUAUUUAUGGGGUGGACUGUGAAUUUUCAAGGGUGUCUUCAUCGCUGGUUAUUAGAGUUUAGUUCAGAGCUGAGCUGCCUCCUCUUCUGGAAAUAAGAAUGAUGAGUUUUGCUGGUACCAUGACUUGGUAGUAUAUUGGUAAUUGUGGUCUUGGUCAGAAUUCUUCAGUAGUGAUCAAACGCAAUAAAACAAUGUGUUAUAGUGAUAACACUUCAUUAAGAAUAAUUGAGGACAGUAAAUUUGGUGAUUUAAUUAAGGUCAUUUAAUGCAGACACUGUGCUGUAUGUCCUUGCCUUAUAUGCCUAGACACAGAUCUGGCUCUGCGGUACAGCUAAAUCAUUCUCGCCAUGUGAAUGAUACUAUUUGUAUCAAGCUACACCAGAGAGAAGUGCAUAUAUUCUGUUGCAUUAUCGCCUACUGUGGUGACAAAAGGCAUAAUCACAGCAAUAGGGACAUUUUUAGAGACUGUUUCUCAUUUAGUACUGGAAGUGCCUGUGCAUUUAGAUGAAAUAAACCCUUGUACUGCUGGGUACGUUAGCCAUGUUUAUUAUGUAUUACACAAAUGGCAGUUCGUACAUAUGUGGUCUACAGAAAUGAAUUUCAUAUAUACGCAUGCAUCUGUAUGUAGGUGUAUAUCUUUAAGUUACAGUCUGUACUGUAUUGUUGCAUAUUGGAUACCACAGUACAGAUAGUACAACAGUGUUGUUACGCAGAUCAGCCAAUGGAAUAUUAGCCUUUGUUAUUAGCAAGUUAUAAUAAUGAAAGCAGAUAUUUAAUUUGAUGGUACAGGACAUGCUAUAUAUGUAAAAUCUAUGCUUUAUUAUUUUAUGGGUGCCCCAGCAAAUGCUCAACAUGAGUUUGGACAAGUUAGUGUUAUUCUGAUUACAUGUUUUAUUACAAGAAGCAAUCAAUUGAAUUUUUCAUGCCAUGUUAGUAACUGUUUAAUAUAUGUAAUGUUUAUGGUAGUAUUAGUAUGAAAUGCUCCCUGGCAAGAUAGCAAUACUACAGUUUAUUUCUUCCAUGAUUAUAUAAUAGUGAAACAUAAAAUGAGCAAAUUGUGAAUGCAGUGCCUAUUGUACUGCCAUUAGGUAUCUGUCACCACUGAGAACUUGCACAUUUGUUUUACUGUGAAAUAAUUAACAUGGAAAUUACAUGUUCUGCAUGUACCAAUAGCUGGAUUCUGUUGAGCCAAAUCAAAAUACAUCUGUUUUAUGUCAGAAUGAAGUUUCUGUACUGUCUGAAACACAGCUUUUUAUGUUUUAUGGUAAGUGUUUGGAGGAUAGUGCUACAUGUGGAUUCUCUUUUUGCUGAGCCUCUUGCCUUCCACUCUCCUGUCCUUGCAAUGUACUACUACUAUACAGGUAGUCACACUGUGACGGGACGACAACUAACUAAAAAAAAUAUAAUUUUGCACAUAUAAUUUAAAAAUAAAUAAUGGGGACAUUUCUGAAAACAUAGGUAAAGACAUGAUGUAGGUGUGGCCGCAUCCCAGGGGUAUGCCCAACCAUAAACUAAAACAAUAUAAUUUUGCACCGACAUUUGGAAAAUAAAUAAUGGGAUGUGCCUAGCACUUUUAAAUUGCUAAACUGUUCCUUUUCCCCUUCAAACACCUCUUCAUUGUUAGACAGAGAGUUGGGAGGUAUCUAUAUGAAAUACCAUAAAUACAUAUAUUUAUAGACUUAUUAAUACCCCUUUUCCACUGCUGCAAAAAUGCAGGAUAUUGCUGGGUCUACCUGUGUCGCUGCUCAGUGGAAAAGGGUCCUUGAAAAAUAAGGACCCGGGUAAUGAUGCAGGGUAAACAGGUGACCCUGGCCAUCCAACCCAGGUCUCAUUAAGAGCAUAUGGAGUGCCGGAUCACCAGUGCUUGGAGAUGAUGUCAUCUCCAAGUGCCAGCAGUGGGGAGACCCAACACUAACCUGGGCCCAGCCUGUGAUGUGAACUGGGUUACUUUCAAACCCCUGUGACUUGAUUUGAAACUGUGUACAGUUACACGUGUUGGACCCGGGUUUUAGGUGGAUAAAAGGUAUUAGCUACAUUCUUCAGAUAUCUAUGUAUUAAACAUGCUACAGUUGCUUGGUAGACACUAGUGGAUCCUCUGGUAACUUUAAUAGUCUACUUGGGUCUGCAAAUUAUUCAGUAUUAUUAUUACGAACUUUUGCACUGAACUGUUUUUGGCUUGGAAAAGUCUGAAAGGUAGUUGAUUGACAUAGGGACAACAUUACAAUGACUGCAACAAAAAUUAUUAUUGUUAUUGGCUGCUAGAGCUCCCUUUAUUUUCUUGAAGUUAUUCAUGCACGCUUCAUAAACUAACCACCAUGAUACUGUAGGUUCAUGUCUUUAUACUGAUCACCAGACUGGGCUGUGCUACAGUAUACUGUAUGUCCUAACCACAAAAUUAUAUUGUAGCCACCAAAAUGUGCUGUACGUUAUCUACUAGCCACCAAAAUGAUCUCUAGUGUGUCUUCUAGUCACAAGAAUGGUCUCUAGUUUAUAUACUAGUUACAGAAUAUUUUCUGAAAUUCUAGGUCAUAUACUAGUCACCAGAAUGGUCUCUGAUUCAUAUGCUAGUCACCAGAAUGGUCUCUGAUUCAUAUGCUAGUCACCAGAAUGGUAAGUGGUUCAUAUAGUAGUCACUAGAAUGGUCUCUUGCUGAUAUACAGUACCAGUCACAAGAAUGGUCUCUGAUUUCUAUGCUAGUCACCGGAAUGGUCUCUGAUUUAUAUAUUAAGCUCCAGAUUGGUGUCUGAUUUAUAUACUAGUCACCAGAAUGGCCUCUGAUUUAUAUACUAGUCACCAGAAUGGUCUCUAGCUUAUAUACUAGUCACCAGAAGGAGUGUUCUGAGGCACAUGGAGAGCUCAAUCCAAAAUUCCCAUUGGUUUAUUUGUGCAUUUAGUUUCUGCUUCUGAAUUGGGAGCACAGCAAAGUAACAUUUUCCCUGGACAAACUGUGUUGCAAUGCAAAGGUUACAUAUGCAUAUAUUUUCUUGCUGUAUUCUCAGCUCAGAAUCGUCCCCUUAGUUACACCACUGAUAUAACAUCUGAAGUAUUUUUAUUUCUAUUUUUUCAGCAACAACAAAUAAUCUUAUAUUUCUUGUAAGAAUUAAUGAUACAUUGUGCAGUUAACACUGCUUCUGAUAAACACCCAGAAUUGCUAAUUAAAUCAGAAUCCCUAUUUGACAGAUACAGGGGUAGAUUUAAGGGUGAGGGCACCCCUAGGCGCAUUAGCAACAGCCCUCCCACCCCGCCUAAUUUUAUUGUUUUCAUUGAUUGUUUAUAAGCCCUCAUUUGAUGAUAGCCAAUUAAAUAGAACAAUAAAAAGCCAUAAUUUCAUUUUUUUUAAAUGUUUAUUAGUGUAUGUAUGCAUAUUUACUAAGUAGGACAGAUUACAGUGGCAGUAUGUGCAUGUCCUACCCAUUUACACUCCAUUCAAGAUGGCAUAUGGUACAGUACAGUGGAAAUAUUUAGCCGUUACUGGUACAUUUCAGUCUGACCGUACCAACACAAGUAUGCAAGUGCCGCCCCCAAACAAGUGCCGCCCCUAGGCACGUGCCUCACGUGCCUAAUUGGAAAUUCGCCACUGGACAGAUACAUUCUCUCUUACCAGCUGCUUCUUUUCUUAGUGUUUUGCAGGGCUCUUGCAUUUCUGUGGUAUAAAGUCUUUUUUGCUCACCGCAUUAUAAUGUACAUUGAGAUAGAUGUAAGCAAGAAAGCCAAUAAAAAGCAGCAAUCUCUGUUAUUACAACAUCUUAUUUAAUGAUAGUUAAGUUGUCUUGCCAGCCCCUUCCCGUCAUGGCUUCACAAUGAUGUUCGUCUGGGGCAGUGACCAAAACGACUAAGUGCUGUUGGAAAACAGCUGCAUGUAGUAGCCUUUAGGACUACUGUAAGAAGAAUGGAUGGUUAUGGGAUAUUUUCACGCUAAUCGGUAGAGUAGCUUUUUGGUGUUGAAGCUGCGAGAUAACUCUGUGUGAUUUUGAUGUAAGAUAAGCAAUCCCUGCUUCUAGUGUUUUUAUAGAUCAGCUUCCUUUGUAUAGAGAAAUAAUGAAUCCCAGCCACAGACGUACAUUUUCUAGUCCUGCUUUGACAAAUCUGUUUACAGCUGAAUAAUAUAAUAUUUAGUACAUUAAAUAGACCCUUCUAUAACAUGGAUUUAAAAAGAUUGUACAAAUACAGUUACAGUAUAGUCGGCACAUCAGGGUGAAGAGUAAAAGCCUCUGGGGCCUUUCAGAAAAGGUGUGUUUAUACUGACAGAUCAUGUGACAAUUAGAUUGCACACAGGUGGACUUCAUUUCACUAAUUAUAUGACUUCUGAAGGUAAUUGGUUGCACCAGAACUUUUGAGGGGAUUCAUAGCAAAGUGGGUGAAUACAUAUGCACAUGCCAAUUUUCAAAUUUAUAUUUAUAAAAAUUCUUAUUUAUAUAAAUUUUUCUCAUUUCACUUCACCAACUUAGACUAUUUUGUGCAUAUCCAUCACAUAAAAUUCAGAUAAAUAAUAAAUAAAUUACAGGUUGUAAUGUAACAAAAUAGGUAAAAAGCCAAGGGGGGGGAAUACUUUAGCAAGGCACUGUAUGAUGACCCUUCAGAGACAGGUCAUUAAAACCAUUAGAAAAUUAAAUUAACUCUUAUAGAUAAAUAUUGCCAUGAAUAGUAAAAGUGAUAAUUAUUUUAUUAUUGAGUCUUCCUGUUACUUAGUUUAAACUACAACCACCUUUUGAGUUCAUAAACUUUUAGAGUAUUUAACUAUUAUAUGAAGUCUGGUAUUGUUUCCUGUUGAAAUCACACUUUUAGGUUAAAUUAUAUUUAUAUCAUCUUGGUUUUCAUUGCAGCAAGAAAUAAAUGUAUUAUGCAUGAGCCUGCUAGAAAAAGACAAGUAGCAUUAUAAUAAUUCUUUUUAGAACACGCUAUGUUUUUUGUUCAUGUAAGAACACAUUAUAUUUUAGGGAAAAGAUAAGACCUAAUUUACUAAGUGCACUAGAUGUAUAUAGAAAAAUACCUUGGUCUUAUCUGUUUUGCGCUUUGUGUAUGGGAAGGCAAUUCAGGCCUUGUGUUCAUGUGUUAACGUCAUUAUCUGUAGUUCUGUAGUUAUAGUAGCACUUGUUAAUUUUACAUAUAUAUUUUCUUGCAUGGAUAUGACCCCAUUUAUUAAUGUGAAACUUGGCACACUGGGCCCAGUGACUUCCAGCACUACAAACUGAGUAAUAAUUUUUAAAAGUCAUCGUUCUUACUGUAUAUUUAGUCCACAGGGAGCUUAUCUUAGUGUUUUAUGAGUAGAUCUUCUCGAGCAUAGAUUUAAAAAGAUGACAUGUACUGUAGGGGAAGAAGUGAGGGAGAGAGGGAUGGUAUCAUUGGCUAGCAUAGUCUGAUAACAAACUGCACUACAGCCUAAGCUUUUCUUACUCCAACCAUAUGCCAUAUCCCAUGUUUUUUUUGCAUCUAUGGUAUUAGCAAAUAUUACUUUGCCUCCUCCUUUCUCAAAAUUGGAUCAACUAUUCUCUUUAUAUUAAACAGGACAAUCUCAUUGUUUAUACUUCAAAUUAUGACUUUGCUAUUUUUGUUGCAGCCAAGGUGAUUUACCGCAUAUGGCAAUAUAUUUAGGUGGAUGUUAGCAGUAAUUGCAUUGACAUUUCCUUCUUUUACCAACCACCUAUUUUGCUCAGUAAAAAUAAUAACAGGAUUGUUUUUUGGCCAGAAGGUACAGUAUUUAGUCUGUGGCUCCAAGCUGUUUUGAGUCUUGCAGUUCCACAUCUGCUGGUAAGGCAUGGUUUCCUUAAGCUACUAUGGGGUCUAUUCAAUGCAUGUCGGAUCCUCUCCAGUGCAGUAUUCAAUUAUCGGGCAUUUCCAACAGGUUUUGCCUGUUUUCGACAAUGCUGAUCCGACUUUUUUUUAAGUCGGAUCAGCAUUGUCGAAAAUGGGCCAAAAAACUGUCGUAAUUGGCCGCUAAUUCGACAAAAACACGUGUAUCUGCUGCUAAUCCGCCGAUUCAUGUGUUUUCCGACAAGUCGGAAAAACAGCAGCACCACUGAAUAGGUUGAAUCCUGAUUCGACCAAAAAAAGUCGGAAAUUGCAGUCUUUCCGACUUGACGGCAGUUCUGACUUCAAUUGAAUAGACCCCUAAUGCUUUAUACCAAUAAUGGGCAACAUUUAUCUCUUUAUCUGUAGUGUAGUAUCAGGAUGCUUUAUUUUGUGAGGAAAGUUCUGCUACAGUGGAAGUAUACAAUUACCCUUUCUAAGCUAUUUGUGUUUGUUUACCAUAUGUAAAGAUAAAAUGCUUUUUAAAAUAUAUUUGAUUGCACUUUGCAUAUAAUUUUUUGGGAAUGGAAAAGCAAAAUGUAUACAAAAUAAUUAGGGUUUAAUUAAUUUUGUUCAUUUUUAUGUAAUGUCCAUGGUGACUUAUCUAAAUAAUUGCAGCAUGUGACAAAUGAAAGGCAAAUAUGGGUUUGAUAGAACAUAGUUGUUACAGGUAAGGUUGGCCAUAAGUGAUUUCCUAGCUUUAUACAGUAAGUAAUGUUUGCGAGCCUGUGUACAGGACACUAUCUUUGUGUAUUUGUAAUCCCCAGUCUUGUUCUAUUACUGUGUUUGUUGCCAAUUGUAAAAUACUGUGCUGUGUAGCGGCACUACAUAAAUGGUAAAAAUAAUACUUAUAAUGUACUGUGCUGUGCUUCCUGCUGUCAUUGGUAUUUCAGUGCUAUAAGCCUCUAUCUCCAUUGGUCUCUGGCUUCAAGCUCCCUGACAGCAGUUAAGUGGCUAACCACAGUAUGGGCUAUAACAAUCAAUUAGUUACAGCUGUCAAAAGUCAGAAUAUUCAUCUCUUCUGUCGCAGAGGACAGGUGGCACUGGGUUCCAAUAGCAUUGACAGUAUUUUAUUUUAUGUCAAGGUCACCACAGAAGCCAUACAAUGCCUCAUUGCAUUGUUUUAAUAAAUGACAUCAUCAUUUGCACAUGUAUGAUGACAUCACAAACCCCAGAACUUCAACAUCCAAAUAAUAGACUGAUUAAAAACUUGUGCCAGUUCAAAAAGUGAAGGGUUGUCUAACUAGCCAGACAAGUUGCAUUUAUACUGUCAAAGUUGGCAUCUUUACAUGAAAAUCGUCUAUUUUGGGACAUCAUAAAAGCAGGAGCACAAUAAAACCCUGAUGCCCAAUUUCACAAACGCAUUAACUAUCUGGUCUCAUGUUUUCAAGCCCCUUCUCUCCUUUUCCAUGAAGUUCUGCCCUGUAGGAACUGACAUUAAUACAGAUGCCAGAAAUCCUAUCAUACAGAGCAAGGACGUCAACAAUUUAAUAAUGUUAAGUUAAUAAAGGUGGAAAAUUGUAAGAAAAAACACGUGUAAACACAUAAGACAGAUCAGAGAGCAUCUUGGGAAAUGUAGUUUCACAACAAUUGAAGUGCCGAAGGUCGAUCUAAGAAAUCCAUUUUUUUUACUAGAGCUGUACAGAGCAUCUCAUCUUUUUAUAGCUAUAUUAAUGUUACAACUUUCACAAUGUUUAAAAAGCUGACAAAAUACUACAUUAUCCACUGACGUAACUGUAACUCUGGUCAUAGUGUCAGAUUCAUAAUGUUUAAAGCAACAGAGUUCUGUUGUAUGAGCUUAUAUGCGAACCUUUUAUGUGUGCUUCAGAUUUUUCUACAGAACUGUUUGCAUCAUUUACCUGCCAAUGAACAGAAAUGCACAUCAGAUGACCCUCAGAUAGGGCAACUUACAACUCUACAAGCGUAAUAAUCUUUGUGUAUAUCCCUAGUGCCCUUCAUAGGGAUUUUCCAAGUCUCAUCUGAGGUGCAUAUCUAUUCUCUUUAAUACCAGGUGAAUAGAAUAAAGCACUGGAGGGGAGUUAGCCGCAUGCAUGUACAUACCACAAGGCUGCAUUAGCAAACUCUCAUCUCUGGCUGCCUGCACAGACAUGAUUAGAGCAUGUAUAAGUGCAGCUCAUAGGUUUUGCAUGCCAAAGAUAUACUUUUCUUUCCUUCUUUCUUUACAAAUGUACACACAUUUCAAAUUUAUAUAACUGAUUGUCACUGUUAGUUGUUAGUGACCUCUAACUGUACAAAGACGUUUAAACUCACUUUGUCCUUAGAAACAGAACACACCAGCGCUUAUAAGGUGAAUUUUUGUACAUAGUAUAAAUAUAUGUGUACAGUACAUACGUGCAUGAUUGAUAAAGCCAUUGUCAAAUCAUUAUACUACUCAUCAGUUUAAUUGUGGGGCCAUCAAUAAGCCUAUUGUAUUAUUUUACAUGAUUGUAACACAUAAUUUAGUUACACCAAAUUUACUCAGUUACUUGGUAACAUAACUGCGGUGUAAGAUGUAGCUAUAUGAGCCGGCAAUUACUGCUGAUUCCUGUAAACAAUACAGCAUGAGUACUCUUACAGGUACCAAAAAUGUCUGCAUACAGUAUACUGACAGAAAAAAAUUACGGAACUCUAAAGCUUUUUGUAGUCAUAAUAAUACUUAAUGACUCUUUGAAGCUGUUUUUUUGUAUCAUUUUAUUUGAAUAAAGUAUUACUAUUGCCACAUUUUUUUUACUGUCACUUUUUUUCUUCCAUUUAUCUAUUUCAAUAAAAACUUUGUAUUUUUUUAAGUAGGAUUCACCGUUACAUAUUCAAACAAUUCCACAAGGUAUCCUUGUUUUAAUGAGCAUGUUAUUCUUUGUAAAGUUUUCGUAAGUUGAAAUGUUUUGUACAGACCUUAACUGUUACAAUGUUUAAGCAAUUAAUACCAUUCUGUGGUUCUAAAGUCUGAAAAUCCCUUUUUUAUUUGCAUUUAUUUUUUUAUUUUAUUUUUUUGCUUUGAAUGUAUGCAAUUUUAACCUGCCUGAUUUUUGCUUUGUAUUUAAUGUGUUGCACAAAUUACUUUUUAAUCUUUUAUUUUAUUCAUGACAAAGAAAAUCUGUAAUUCCAAUGUAUAAAAAAAUGUAAUGGUUUUAGGACAGGGAGGGGGGUAUUAUGCCCUCAUGUGCUAAAAUGAUUUUACCUUUCUGCUGCUGCAAAAGGCUCCAGAAAAGCUUUCCCAAAUUAAGCGAUGCCGACUUCUGUGGCAGCUGGAGGUUUAAGUGCAGUUCUGAUGUUUUUAAAUACUAUGUCUAUGUAUAAAUAAGUUGUCUAAACUGGUAUGUCUGAAUCUCUCAUAGAGGGAUUAAUUAUGCUGCCGGAACAACAAAUUAUUUAAAAAAUGGUUAAAUAAAAUUUUUAUGAAACAA